GGUCAGCGCUGUAGGAAGAGGUAAGAGGUCAAUGCAGUAAACGGAGGUCAGAGAUCAGAAGUCUUUUUUUCUCCACAGAACAAUUGUCAUUCUGGGACGCAGUUCUCCUGUUUCGUCUUCUUCUCGUGUUUCUUCUGAUUUUCCUGCUUCCUUGUGUGGUUUUCGCGAUUGUCUUAUUUCAUUUUAUGCAGUACUUCAUGCCAGAUUACCAAAAGGUGGAGGUGGAUUCAGGGGUGGAGUCUGUCCAGCUGCCCUGCAAAGCUAUAGUCAGAUUCCUUAAAGACACUAAAGUGGAGUGGAAGGACAAACACAACAGGAAGGUCCACGUGUAUGAGAACGGACGUGACCAAUGUGGAGAACAGCACCAGUUUUACAGAGGCCGAACAAAGAUGAAGAGAAACCUGCUGAAAUUUGGAGACUUCAGUCUGACCCUGAAACAUCCCACGGAUGGAGAUACAAACACCUACACCUGCACCAUCAGCAGAUGGCAGGGAGCGAAAGAUCCUGAAUGGUUGAUCCUGAAUAAGUAA